UCAGGACAUCCGCCUCCACCUUUCCGCGAAGCCUUCCUGUCCCAGGGGCCAUUCUCAGCGACCCGGUUUGGCGAGCGCCAUUCCAGCCUCGAGCCCAGAGCCCACCAACGCCGCCACCGCGCGCUGAGCGCACCUGACCCGGGCGAGCGGGCGGGGCGGGGCGACGGGACUGACGUGGCCCGCGGCGUGGAGCGGGCGUGAUUCAUCAGCUGCCGCACCAGGGCCGGAUGCUGGCGAGCGCAGCGGCCGCCUAGGCGCUCAGGGCCAGGGAGCAGCGGCGGCGGCUUUCCCUCUCCGGCCUCGCGCGCUUCCAUCGCUGUCGGCUGCCAGGCCCCUGCGAAGCUCAAGAUGGAAGAGAUCCUGAGGAAGCUGCAGAAGGAAGCGUCUGGGAGCAAGUACAAAGCCAUCAAAGAGAGCUGCACCUGGGCCCUGGAAACCCUGGGUGGUGUGGAUACCAUUGUCAAGAUCCCUCCCCACUUGCUGAGGGAGAAAUGCCUGCUGCCUCUCCAGUUGGCUUUGGAAUCCAAGAAUACGAAGCUGGCCCAACACGCCUUGGCAGGGAUACAGAAGCUUCUGUCAGAAGAGAGGUUUGUAUCCAUGGAAACGGACUCUGACGAGAAGCAGCUGCUCAAUCAGGUCCUGAAUGCUGUGAAAGUGACGCCGUCCCUCAAUGAAGACCUGCAGGUGGAAGUGAUGAAGGUUUUACUCUGCAUUACCUACACCCCAACAUUUGACCUGAAUGGCAGUGCCGUGCUGAAGAUCGCGGAGUUGUGUUUAGCAUGCCGUAAAGCUGGAUGUCCACAAAUGCAUGAAAUGAUCAAAAUGUCCAUUAUGAAAGUCCUCACUGCCCUGUGUCUUCGUGCAUUCCCUGACGAUCAGGGCCCUGUGGCUUUUCACAAGAUCAUUGAAAACCCAGACGUCCCACAGGAAUUCAGGAAUCAAGGGUUGACCGUCGAGGCCCUCUGUGACGACCUUGUAUCUGUGCUCACUGUUCUGUGUGAGAAGCUACAAGCCGCCAUCAAUGACAGCCAGCAGCUGCAGCUUCUGUACCUGGAGUGCAUUCUGUCCGUGCUCAGCAGCUCCUCCUUCUCCAUGCACCUGCACAGAGGCUUCACCGACCUGAUCUGGAAAAACCUUUGCCCUGCUCUCAUUGUGAUCCUGGGGAAUCCAAUUCAUGACAAAACCAUCACCUCCGCUCAUAGCAACCCGAGUGCCGGCAUGGACUCGGACUCCGCGUCUCCUGGAGUUUCUGACCACGGCCGGGGCUCGGGCUGCUCCUCCACUGCGCCUGCGCUGAGCGGGCCUGUGGCUCGUACCAUCUACUACAUUGCAGCUGAGUUGGUCCGGCUGGUGGGGUCGGUAGACUCCAUGAAGCCGGUGCUCCAGUCCCUUUAUCACCGAGUGCUGCUCUAUCCCCCGCCCCAGCACCGAGUGGAAGCCAUCAAAGUAAUGAAGGAGCUACUUGGGAGCCCUCAGCGUCUCUGCGACUUGGCAGGACCCAGUUCCACUGAACCCGAGACCAGGAAAAGAUCCAUUUCAAAAAGAAAGUCUCAUCUGGAUCUUCUCAAACUCAUCAUGGAUGGUAUGACCGAAGCGUGCAUCAAGGGUGGCAUCGAAGCUUGUUAUGCCGCCGUGUCCUGUGUCUGCACCUUGCUUGGGGCCUUAGAUGAGCUCAGCCAGGGCAAGGGCUUGAGCGAAGGUCAGGUGCAGCUGUUGCUUCUGCGCCUGGAGGAGCUGAAGGAUGGGGCUGAGUCGAGCAGGGACUCCAUGGAGAUCAAUGAGGCCGACUUCCGCUGGCAGCGGCGGGUCCUGUCCUCAGAGCACACGCCGUGGGAGUCGGGGAAUGAGAGGAGCCCUGACAUCAGCAUUAGUGUGACCACAGACACGGGCCAGACCACUUUGGAGGGAGAGUUGGGUCAGACCACACCCGAGGACCACUGCGAAAACCCCAAGAAUAGCCUCAGAUCCCCAGCCAUCCAGGAGAGCAAGGAGACACUGAGCAAAGUGUUAGAACCAGAAGCGGUAGACCAGCCAGACGUCGUUCAGAGAAGCCACACCGUUGCUUACCCUGACAUAACUAACUUCCUGUCGGUGGACUGCAGGAUGAGGUCCUACGGGUCCAGAUACAGUGAGAGCAACUUCAGUGUGGAUGACCAGGACCUCUCCAGGACGGAAUUUGACUCCUGUGAUCAGUACUCAAUGGCAGCAGAGAAGGACUCAGGGAGAUCUGACGUGUCGGACAUUGGGUCGGACAACUGUUCGCUGGCUGAUGAGGAGCAGACGCCUCGGGAUUGCCUGGGCCACAGGUCCCUGCGGACUGCGGCUCUGUCUCUCAAACUGCUAAAGAACCAGGAGGCCGACCAGCACAGCGCCAGGCUCUUCGUGCAGUCCCUCGAAAGCCUCCUCCCUCGCCUCCUGGCCCUGCCCAGCGUGGAAGAGGUAGACUCCGCCCUCCAGAACUUCGCCUCUACCUUCUGCUCAGGCAUGAUGCAUUCCCCGGGCUUUGACGGGAACAGCAGCCUCAGCCUGCAGAUGCUGAUGAACGCGGACAGCCUGUAUGCGGCUGCGCACUGUGCUCUGCUGCUCAACCUGAAGCUCUCCCACGGGGACUACUACCGGAAGCGGCCCUCCCUGGCGCCGGGCAUGCUGAAAGAGUUCACGAAGCAGGUGCACAACAGCGGGGUGGUGAUGGUCUUCUCCCAGGCCUGGAUCGAGGAACUCUACCAUCAGGUGCUCGACAGAAACAUGCUGGGGGAAGCUGGCUACUGGGGCAGCCCAGAGGACAACAGCCUUCCGCUCAUCACCAUGCUGACCGAUAUCGAUGGGCUAGAGAGCAGUGCAAUUGGGGGCCAGCUGAUGGCCUCGGCAUCUACAGAGUCUCCUUUCACCCAGGGCAGGAGAAUUGAUGACUCCACAGUGGCAGGUGUGGCAUUUGCUCGCUAUAUUCUGGUUGGCUGCUGGAAGAACUUGAUCGAUACUUUAUCAACCCCCCUGACUGGCCGCAUGGCGGGGAGCUCCAAAGGGCUGGCCUUCAUUCUGGGAGCCGAAGGCAUCAAAGAGCAGAACCAGAAAGAACGGGAUGCCAUCUGCAUGAGCCUGGAUGGGCUGCGGAAAGCGGCGCGGCUGAGCUGUGCUCUAGGAGUUGCGGCUAACUGCGCCUCGGCCCUUGCACAAAUGGCAGCUGCCUCCUGUGUCCAGGAAGAGAAAGAGGACAAGGAAGUCCAAGAACCCAGUGAUACCAUAGCACAAGUGAAACUGAAAGUGGAGCAGAAGCUGGAGCAGAUCGGGAAGCUGCAUGGGGUGUCACUGCACACGGCCCAUGUCCUGUGCAUGGACGCCAUCCUCAGCGUAGGCCUGGAGAUGGGAAGCCACAACCCGGACUGCUGGCCACACGUGUUCAGGGUGUGUGAGUACGUGGGCACGUUGGAACACACCCACUUCAGCGACGGCACCUCCCAGCCCGCGCUGACCAUCAGCCAGCCCCAGAAGGCACCUGGUGGCUCUGGACUGCUCGGGGACCUGGAGGGUGAGGGCUCACCCUCGGAGCAGAGCCCGGAGCAGGAGGGCUCGCUGAGCAUGGCCCCUGUCAUCCAGCCCCUCUCCAUCCAAGAGCUCGUCAGGGAAGGCGGCCGAGGCCGGGCCUGCGACUUCCGUGGGGGCAGCCUCAUGACCGGGAGCAGCGCCGCCAAGGCCGUGCUCACGCUGUCCACACAGGCCGACAGGCUCUUUGAAGACGCUACGGACAAGUUGAACCUCAUGGCUUUGGGAGCUUUUCUUUACCAGCUGAAGAAAGCGUCGCAGUCCCAGCUUUUCCAUUCUGUUACGGACACGGUUGAUUACUCGCUGGCCAUGCCAGGAGAAGUGAAAUCCACCCAAGACCGGAAAAGUGCCCUGCACCUCUUCCGCCUCGGGGACGCCAUGCUGAGGAUCGUGCGCAGCAGAUCGAGGCCACUGCUCCACGUCAUGCGCUGCUGGAGCCUCGUGGCCCCGCACCUGGUGGAGGCCGCCUGCCAUAAGGAAAGACACGUGUCUCAGAAGGCCGUCUCCUUCAUCCAUGACAUACUGACAGAGGUCCUCACUGACUGGAAUGAGCCACCUCACUUCCACUUCAAUGAAGCGCUCUUCCGACCCUUUGAGCGUAUUAUGCAGCUAGAGUUGUGUGACGAGGAUGUUCAAGACCAGGUCGUCACAUCCAUUGGUGAGCUGGUUGAAGUGUGUUCCUCCCAAAUCCAGUCGGGCUGGAGGCCCUUGUUCAGUGCCCUGGAAACGGUGCACAGUGGGAACAAGUCUGAGGUGAAGGACUACCUAGUUGGUGAUUACUCCAUGGGAAAAGGCCAAGCUCCAGUGUUUGAUGUAUUUGAAGCUUUUCUCAAUACCGACAACAUCCAGGUCUUUGCUAAUGCAGCCACUAGUUACAUCAUGUGCCUUAUGAAGUUUGUCAAAGGACUGGGGGAGGUGGACUGUAAGGAGAUCGGAGACUGCGUGCCGGGACCAGGAGCCACGUCCCCAGACCUGUGCCUCCCUGCCCUGGAUUACCUCAGGCGCUGCUCUCAGUUAUUGGCCAAAAUCUACAAAAUGCCCAUGAAGCCAAUAUUCCUUAGCGGGCGACUGGCCAGCUUGCCUCGCAGGCUCCAGGAGCAGUCGGCGAGCAGCGAGGAUGGAAUUGAGUCAGUCCUGUCUGAUUUUGAUGAUGACACUGGUCUGAUAGAAGUCUGGAUCAUCCUGCUGGAGCAGCUAACAGCAGCUGUGUCCAACUGUCCACGGCAGCACCAACCGCCAACCUUGGACUUGCUCUUCGAGCUGUUGAGAGAUGUUACCAAAACACCUGGGCCGGGGUUUGGGAUCUAUGCAGUCGUUCAUCUUCUCCUUCCUGUGAUGUCCCUCUGGCUCCGCCGUAGCCAUAAAGACCAUUCGUACUGGGAUGCAGCCUCUGCGAACUUCAAGCACGCCAUCGGUCUGUCCUGUGAGCUGGUGGUGGAGCAUAUUCAAAGCUUCAUACACUCAGACAUCAGGUAUGAGAGCAUGAUCAACACCAUGCUGAAGGACCUCUUCGAGCUGCUGGUCGCCUGUGUGGCCAAGCCCACGGAAACCAUCUCCAGAGUGGGCUGCUCCUGUAUCAGGUACGUCCUCGUGACGGCGGGCCCUGUGUUCACGGAAGAGAUGUGGAGGCUGGCCUGCUGCGCCCUGCAGGAUGCGUUCUCUGCCACGCUCAAGCCGGUGAAGGAUCUGCUGGGCUGCUUCCACAGCGGCACCGAGAGCUUCAGUGGGGAAGGCUGCCAGGUGAGGGUGGCGGCCCCUUCCUCCUCCCCCAGUGCCGAGGCCGAGUACUGGCGCAUCCGAGCCAUGGCUCAGCAGGUGUUUAUGCUGGACACCCAGUGCUCCCCAAAGACUCCAAACAACUUCGAUCAUGCGCAGUCCUGCCAGCUCAUCAUUGAACUGCCUCCUGAUGAAAAGCCAAAUGGACACACCAAGAAAAGUGUUUCUUUCAGGGAAAUUGUGGUGAGCUUACUGUCUCAUCAAGUGUUACUCCAGAACUUAUAUGAUAUCUUGUUGGAAGAGUUUGUCAAAGGCCCCUCUCCCGGCGAGGAGAAGAGUAUCCAAGUGCCAGAAACCAAGCUGGCUGGCUUCCUCAGAUACAUCUCCAUGCAGAACCUAGCUGUCAUAUUUGACCUGCUGCUGGACUCCUACAGGACAGCCAGAGAGUUUGACACCAGCCCUGGGUUGAAGUGCCUGCUGAAGAAAGUGUCCGGCAUUGGAGGGGCAGCCAACCUGUACCGCCAGUCGGCGAUGAGUUUCAACAUCUACUUCCACGCACUCGUCUGUGCUGUGCUCACCAAUCAAGAAACCAUCACGGCCGAGCAGGUGAAGAAAAUCCUUUUUGAGGAUGAUGAGAGAAGCACAGAUUCAUCACAGCAGUGUUCAUCAGAAGAUGAAGACAUUUUUGAGGAGACUGCCCAAGUGAGCCCCCCAAGAGGCAAGGAGAAGAGGCAGUGGAGGGCUCGGAUGCCAUCUUUAAGUGUCCAGCCCAUCAGCAAUGCAGACUGGGUGUGGCUGGUCAAGAGGCUUCACAAGCUGUGCAUGGAGCUGUGCAAUAACUACAUCCAGAUGCACUUGGACCUGGAAAACAGCAUGGAGGAAGCGCCCAUCUUCAAGAGCGACCCAUUCUUUAUCCUUCCCUCCUUCCAGUCCGAGUCAUCCACCCCGUCCACUGGGGGGUUCUCGGGGAAAGAUACACCUUCCGAGGAUGACAGGAGCCAGGCACGGGAUCACCUAGGUGAGUCCCUGAGCCUGCGGGUGGGCAGCGGGGAAACACUGAUGCUGCCCCCAAGCCCCAAGGUGGAGAAGAAGGACCCCAGCAGGAAGAAGGAGUGGUGGGAGAAUGCGGGUAACAAAAUCUACACCAUGGCGGCAGACAAAACCAUUUCAAAGCUGAUGACGGAAUACAAAAAGAGGAAACAGCAGCAUAACCUGCCCACGUUCCCCAAAGAGGUCAAAGUGGAGAAGAAGGGAGAGGCCCUGGGUCCAAGAGGCCAAGGGUCCCCACUGCUUCAGCGUCCCCAGCACCUGAUAGACCAAGGGCAGAUGCGGCAUUCCUUCAGUGCAGGCCCCGAGCUGCUGCGACAGGAGAGGAGGCCCCGCUCAGGCUCCACCGGGAGCUCCCUGAGUGUCUCCGUGAGAGACGCUGAAGCACAGAUCCAGGCGUGGACCAACAUGGUGCUAACCGUCCUCAAUCAGAUUCAGGUCCUCCCAGACCCGACCUUCACGGCCCUCCAGCCCGCAGUGUUCCCGUGCAUCAGCCAGCUGACCUGCCACGUGACUGACAUCAGAGUGCGCCAGGCUGUGAGAGAGUGGCUGGGCCGAGUGGGCCGCGUCUAUGACAUCAUCGUGUAGAUGACUCACAGCGAAGAAAUUCAGGAGCGAGGGUUAGAGUAUGCCUCGCAUCUUCCCCACCACCAGCCCCACGGAAACCAGUGUCCCGGAGAACAGCCGGCUGCUCCCUAACUAAUCAGCAGUAGGGGCCAUUCUGGACACUAAAGGCUACAUCUACAUGACACAAAAUAUACCCCGAUUUUGAACAUUAUUUCAGAAGAGUCUCCCUCCAUUCCUUGACACAUUUCCAUAUCUUGAAGUUUAUUUCCCAGUGUUUUUACCUGCCAUGUUAUUGCCAAAUGGGUCACAUUCAAGGACCACUCUGAAAACUUUGCAUCGAUCUUUUUUUUUUAAUGCAAUUGCUAAGGAAAUAUCUGCUAAGUCAAGCUGAUGUAUAAACAGUCAGACUUCUAGUACCAAACAUUAUUCAUUAGAGAAAGAUUUAUAUCAUGAUUGUGCAUUUGGUGGGGAAGAAAACAGCUAGAGAGACAUGUUCUUGGAUGUCAUAAUCAAGGAAAGGGUGACUUUCUCUGUAAAAUAUUCCAGAACAUUUAAAAAUUGCCCUAAGUUGUAAAGAUUUUCUGGUUGGCACUCACCAACUUCCUUGGUUAAGGUACUAUUGUGCCUUUGUUCCCCUAUUUGUAAUGGAAGGAAAUUCUUUCCUAGCAGAAUGUCCAGUCCACGUUAUGGCAGCCUUUGACACACGGACCCACUGAUAUUUGCCGACACGGAUGUUGUCAAGAGACAGAUGACUGACCAGCUACCCUGGCAGUCCCAUUAGUCUCUGCUUUUGCUUUCAAGACGAAAAAGAAAAGGGAAAGAAAAAAAUGGUGCCUUAGUCCCUUGUUUUACAGAUAUUUCUAUGCUCCACAGUUAUCUGAACAUAAGGUUUAACAUUUGGUUUUUAAGAAAACAUUGAAAUGCAACUCAUUUGAUAGCCACGCCCUCGGAGGAAAGGAAGUGAGUUCUCCAUUCAGUGAGCAGACUUCUCAGGGAAGGGGGCUGGGAGUGUGGGGUAGGGAGACAGCUGGAUGAGGUGGGAAGGGGGAUUAUAAUGAAAUCAUUUUAGUCUUCAAAUAUUACACUACGACCAUGUGAACUUACGGUGUCCGUUACACAAGCUCUAGUCUCGGAUGAAAAGACACAGAAUGAAGUUUAGGAAAUGAAAUUUUGGUUUAAAUUAUCUUUGCUCUCCAGGAAGUCUACUUACCCCAUGUCUGAAGUCCGUUUAUCCAGGCCAAUAUUUUAAGUGGAUAUUUCUUUUCUUAAAUUUUGCUAGAAAAAUUAGUCUGGAACCUUUAUUUUACUAUGUACAGUAUAUUUAAUAGUUCUUAAUAAUAAUGAUUAAAACUCCUCAGUCGAGUUCAUUCAUGUAUAUUCUAUCGUUAGUUGCUAUGACAAACAUUAUAAUUUCCCAGCCCCUAAAAAUACAUUCAUAAUUGAAUAAGUCAUCUUUUAAAAAUAGAACAUCAACCCUUUGAUAUUGAAGUAAGGAUCUGAAAUUGACAACUGUACUUAGAGCUGGUAUUUGUAAACAUUGUCUUCCUGAAAAACAGGUGAACUUAUCUGCAAAUUUAACAGGAAGACUGAGUUGAUUCACUUAGGCAAUCUGAAAAAAGGAACUUGAUCUUUCAGUAUGCCACCCAAAUAAAGGUCACCACAGAAUCGAGAAGACAUUUUUUUCAGAGCCACAAAACACUCUUUGCCUUCCGUUUUUCCUCAUUAGACAACAAUUUGAGUUUAGAAAUAGAUCAACUGUUUGAUUGUAACAAGCAAUGAAUUGUUGGGAUAGCAAUGAGCUGUGUUCGUGCUUUUGAACUUUUAUGUCUUGUAAGUCAGGCAAGUUUUUUUUUUUUUAACAAAAGCAGUACACUAUAGGUAUUUGUUUUUGUUUCUAUGACUUUUCUUAAGGGCAGUUCUCCUUUGUGAGUGUGUGUGUCCUACAAAAUUUACUGGGGGAAAAAGCUUCUGUAUGGUAUUAAAUUGCAGUAAUUACAGAAUGCUUAUAUAUAGCAACUUUUUAUAACAUAUAAAAAUUCAAAGGAAGCCAGGCUCGGUUUAUGAAUGUCAUGUCCCAGGGUAUGUUUGCUAAUUAUUUAGAAAUCAGAAUUCAUUUCCCUACUGAUCCUCUGUUCUGGGACCCCAGGCCAGGUUAUGGAAAGAAGAGUACCCCAGACUCUUCCCAAACACUGCUCGGGCACUAACCUGACGGUGGGUACUGAGAGUACAAAGACGAGAGAACACACAUAGCUCUUUACCUAUAGUUUUGUAAGAGGGUUUUCGUGCCCACCUACAUUCCCAACAUACUCUGCGCUCUGCAUCCAGUCAGAGUUCAACCAGAAAAUUAACUGUUGCAGCGGUACUUCCCAGAGGUAUUCACAGUCUUCAAAAAAGAACAUUGCUUAAUACAAGUAGUCUCCAAUGAACAGGACUCCAGGUCACAGUGAAGUCCGUUGAACCCUCCCAGAGGUGGGGAAGGAGGGGAGAGAAGUAGGAACCCUGGCUAGAGAGAGGCAGACUGGCCAGUGAGUCCCUCACACUCACUACCCUGGUGUCUCAGUUUCUGCCUUUCCCCAAGGUCUCUGAAAGGCCAGGGUCAGGACAGCCUUUGUAGUUAAAACAGUUAUUACUAUAUAUUUACUUGUCCAAGCUGAAUAAGAGUUUGCACAUUGCCUUUGGCUGCUGUUAUUUACUGUCAAAAGUGUGUUGCCCUAAUGUUGAGAUCUACUCUCUUUCUCUAAUACUUUUGCAAAGUGCAUACCAUGAAUACCAGAGUGUAAAAGAAUCUCUGACUCAACAGCUCAGCCAAGGACAUCACACUCUCCAUCAGAUUUCUCCUUGCCAUGAGGGCACAAGUUCAAGGGGAGCAUUGGUCACCUCUCCUGAGCAGCCUGUAAAGAUGCUCGGGCUGCCUCCUUAGGCCAUCUUGUUCUCUCUCCCCUAAGAUUGUUCUCUAGCCUUCUCCAUCAGUACAAAACUAGGCACUUUUUACCAUUUUUAGGCUAUUUAAUGGCUGGCCAAGGCUGAUGCUAACAUACAUAAUGGCUCGAGUUAUAGUGUUUUCCACCAGACACAACAAACUGGUAACAUAAUUCAAAAGUACCUUUAAAUGGACACUUCUUUAGAACAAUAAAUAUCCCAGGGUUUCUUGUUUUAAGGAGAAGGCUUAUACAGAGUCAGUUGAAAGAGUGAUAGAGCCUCACCUGCAAUACAGAACAGAUGUCUUUGACUUCCCUCUUCCCUCAAAUCCAUCACAAUACUGCUUAUGGAGGAAAGUUUUUUUAAAAAGGAAAAUCACUCAUGUCAGUCCCUUCCAACUAAUCAGCCUUUGCUUGGAGCUGAAAACAACAGCAAAAGAGUCACAGACAGCCGGGAGGAGGUGACCUUUGUUGAGUGCCACGUGCAUGUAGGUCCUCACCUAUACCACCAUGUGUUAUUUUCACAGUCACCUGGUGAAACAGGUGUUGCUUUCCUCGGUUUUUCAGAUGAGGACAGAGACCCGGAGAGGUGAAGAAAUUUGCCCAAGAUAACCAGUAAAUGGCAAAGUUGGUUGCAAAAGAGGUAUUCCUGCAUUCAAAGUCCACAUUGUCUCCAUUACACCAUACUGUAAAGGCGGAGUGAACACCGGAGCGUCUCAGGAAUUACACGCUUAAAAUGAGUUAAAAAUACCUCAUUGAUGUCCCAGCUCCAUAAUGUUAUGGGGAUUUUUCUAAUUAGGGUUAAAAAAAGGAUAGUAUUUAUAAAUAGAAAGAUCAGGUAUAACAAUAUUUUGAGCAUCCAAAUAUAAACAAAAUCUAAAUUUUAAUCUUAAAGCAGGCCUUCAGUGGUAAUUUAGAAACCCUGCCAGUUUGGCAGAAAUGACAGAAUAAGAUUAUGCGUGGCCAGCUGUUAACACGGGGAAAAUGUGGCGGUCUGCAUCUGGAAUGACGCGUGCAAAUUGGGAACCUUUUCCAAUUACCACUUAAUCACUAAGAAUAAAGUGCCCUGUAGCCAACAGUGCCUCUCUGUUUGUUUCCCUGGGAAGUAUAUAGUACUAAAUGUGUAGGACAGUAUCUCUAAGUUCGGGAAUAUGCAAAAUAAAUAACCAUUUUCAAAUGCAUACUCUGGAGAGGAAGUCUUAGUUACACAAAACUGUUGAAGAUCCAGCUACUGAGGGCAUCAGGUCAAUACCCACAGUAACCACCCUGUGCCGUGACACCUAAAUAUCCCUGUGUACUUCGCAGACAAGGAAACAGGCAGAAGGAGAACCCAGAACUCAACAUGUGUUUGGGGGCCACUUAGUGGUCCCAGUGAGAUUCAGCACGGCCUUUAAAAAGCAAGAGGCUGCUUUCAAGCACUUUUUAUUGGAAAUAUGAGCUUGUUAUUGGGCAAGAUUUAUGAAACUGGUAAAGAACUCAUUUAUAUCUAUGCUUCAUAAAAAAAACCCUAUGUCUUCUCACUGAUUAGUAGACCGAUCUAGAAAACUGUUUGUGAGAUUCUCUUCCUGUACUUGUAUCGUAAUGUUUGUAUGUGAUGUGGAAGUAACUGAUAAUUAAAAUUUCGGACUAAAACACCAUAUAGCUUUCCGAACCACAAUUAUAACUUCAGAAAAGACAGGCCCAAAAGGAAAAAAAUCAUGUCCUGGGAUAGUCUAAGAGAAACUCAGUUGAGAACAGCGCUCGAUUUUCUCACUAACCGCGGCACCACUUCUUGGCUGAAGAAACGCCACUGGCAUCAUACAAAACAGUCCUCUCUGUGUGUCCUAAUGCAAGGGCACUCCCGGGAGGAGAGACUGGCUGACCGUCUUAGUGACAGAGCUGCAGCUGGCUGCUGGUGAACCCUCCCAGGUACGGCCCUUGCCACCUCUUCAAGCACCAGGAACUGUGUGUGCUGUCAGUUCCUCUCCUGAAGGUAUAAGUAAUGGUUGUCUAGUGUCUCCUGACUUGACAAUAGCAGUCCUCGGACGUCAGCUCACAUCAGAAUCAUCUGGAGCGCUGGCUCAACUAAAACACAGCUUGCCAGGCCCAGACUUUCUGAUGCAGUAGGCCUGGAAGUCUGCAUUCCUAAACAAGUUCCUAGGGGGUGCCCACGCUGCUGCCCUGGGGACCACACUUUGAGAACCACUGUCUUGAGAAAAUUUCCAACUCUUACCUUUAAGAUCAGAUUGACUCAUCAAGAACUAGAGAAAAACUGAACUUAACCUUGGGCCGACAACUUGGGAUUGGAUUUCUCUACAGCAUUCCUGCUCCAUCUUACCCAUUUCUGUUUACUACACCAACAAAUUGUUUUUUUACAAGCUCGAGGACAAUGAAUGUGUGAGUUCUAUGGAGCAGUGAGAUCAGCGCAAGCUUCUCGUCUUUGUAUGUAGAAACAUUGACUCUGUGGACAACCAUUUGUGUCCUGGUGGCCCUUCGACUUGUACUGAGGUGAUUUUAAGUUCAAGUAUGUGGUGUUUGUGUUUCUUCUGUUCUUACAGUUUUAAUGAGAUGUUUCCAUGCAGACUCCAUCGUAACCUUGGCUCCUGGCUCCCAGAUGUUUUUGAGUAGUUGCUUGCUUGCCAGUAUUUUUCUCUCUCGUUAGUCACCAAAAUGUCAGCACUUCAACGUGACAUUACACUGCUUGAUGUACCUUCCUUUUCCGCUUAAUUGUCUGGUGUAAACUAAUAUUUUAAUUUCCUGUAGACCUGCAGUCUCCCAAAUGGCUUCAUGGAAAUUUGCAAACAUAACCACUCCCUUUUGAGCAGUAAAUGUGCCUGUUUCAAAGACUUCCCAGUGGAUGUGUCCGGUUGGUGCUCUCAUCUGCACAAGAGAGACCAUGUUCGUUUUCUCAUCUUCCGAAUGAGGGGAGAACUGUGAAAGUGCAUCGGCAUGCUUUGGGAAUACAGUGAAGUCACGUUAACUCAAAGAUGGCUGGGGCCUUGGUUUAGUUAUUCACUCUCUAUCCGAUUAAUUAGCUUUGGUGAUUCUUUUUACAUGAAAAAAAAUAAGGAACAUAGAAGGAAUAAUUCAAGAGAAAAAAAAUUAAGUACCUUAAAAUCAUCACCCAUGUGUAAAUUAUAUUAAUUACACAUCAUUCUUAUUGAUUUAAUAAAGUUUCUCUAAAUUCUUCUUAAGUACCCUGACAUCAUUUAAAUUAUUCUCUUGCAUGAAUAGGAAGUAAUGACUAUAUUUACUAGAAUUAAUGAGAUCAGAAAGUAUAUCAAAGUGUUAAUGGUAUCAAGGAUUCAAAUCCUUGCCUCUGUGAAUGGAAAUAAAGUUCUUCGUUUUACUUUUGUUUUCAUUAACCUUUUUUGGAAAUUAUGUAUGCAUUUAAUUCUUUUAAGAAUAAUUUAUUUUCUAAUUAAAUUUUUAAAUUAAUCUCUAAAAAUAAUUUAUUUUCUAUUUAUUUUACCAACUGGUGCCAAAAAAAAGGGGAGGGAGAUCUAAAAGCCAAUCUUUUGAACUACCACAUAAAAUAUUAUGUUUUCUCUGAACGUUGGGGAAGCUCUGCUCCCUGACAGCACCAGCCACCCAUGGUCGUCCAUGGCUACCUCAUGAUUAUGCGCAAGCUACUUCUUACCCCUCCCUCUACUGUUUGUUCUUUGGAUUUUUGUUGGAAGUAGUUCUCGCUGAUAAGAAUAAGUUUCCCACUAAGUAGGCAAAACUGGACAAAGAGAGUGCUUCUGAUAUUUCGGUUUCACCUCAGUUGAAACCACGUGGUGGAAUAUACGGGUACGGCGUGAUGGGGCAGGAGAAGGUGCCUAGAGGGGAAGGCUGAUUGUGUCUGUUUAUGUUUCUUGAUUUGAUUUUUGGUGGGUUGGGGGGAGGUAAGAAUAAAAAAUGUAUUGCCCUAAUCAUGCCACACAAUUAUUAUUCAAGAUUAUUUUUGUGCUUUUCUAAGAGGAAUAAACUUAAAUACGUUCUAAACAGUUCCCCUACGACCAUGUCCCUGCUCUAAAUAAAGCCAGUGGGUGGUAAGGGUCCUUUUUAUCCUUCCUUGUAUUAUGCCAAAGAACUGACUUGUUUUUGCUGAAAAAUGUAAAUGAAUGAAGCUUGGUAUAGCCAUAAUGAUUUGAGUCAGUAUACCAUUUCAUCUGCAUAAUGCAAAUGUAUCAUUGCAACCCCAUUCACCGGGAGCCUUGAAGCGUUUCGUUCUCUCCAAAGGACUUGUCAAGGAAGUGCAGUUUUGUUUUGCCUUAUCAUUUAGUCGGUUUGGUCACAUUUAUUAAAAAAAAAAAGAAAGAACUGAAAACCACCCUCCUUUGUACGUUGGUAUAACUUUGAUUUGAUAUGAUCUACGUGUUGUUUAACGGGUCUCUGUGAGCAAGUUCACAAGUGUGUUUUGUGUGCAUUUUAUCUGAGGUGAAAAUGAAAAUUCUAAAGAGAAAAUAUUUUAAAAGAUAUAGUAUUUAUG